AUGGGCGCAAUAUCUGCUGAGGACGGAGGCACGACAGACUCGCCGCAAACACCCUAUUACGGCAACUCGUCAGUAGCCUCGUUCAUGCGUCUCGCCAGAGAAUCAAUUUCAGUCCAAUCGAACAUGCAAGCCCUCCAGCGCGACGGAAAUAGUCUUACAAGAAACCGAGACCGCGAUAGUGGUCUGUGGAAAGACUUCAACGGUGCUUCGCAGGGAUUCCAAGUCGAUGACUUUUCACUCCCUCCACGCUCUCUGGCAGACCACCUUCUUAAAUGCUACUGGGAUCGGGUCUAUUGCUUAUACCCUUUCUUUCAUCGCCCCAGUUUUGAGAAGGCAUACGAGAAUCUCUGGGAGUCCAACGAAAAUAUCAAGACUCCACUACCCCAGCUCAAUAUCGGUCUUGGUGGAUCGUUUGAUUCGAAACCAAAUUCAAUUGUCUUUCACUCUGCCCUGAACGCCAUAUUUGGUAUAGGCUGCCAUUUCUCUGACCUUCCGGUCGCCGAACGAGAAACAGCCGCAUACUCAUUUUUCCUUCGAGCAAAGAGAUUUAUAGGUCUCGACUUGUUGGAUAUUGCUACCAUUGGCGUGGUUCAAACGCUUCUUAUUAUGGCUCUUCUUCUACAAAGCACACCAUAUCCUAACCGGAUUGUCAGCAUGACUUUCGGACGCCCAAGCAUGACCUCUCAUGUCCCUUCAAUUCCACUACCCGCAAUGGGAAGCGAGUCUCCAAUAGAUGACCCUUGCAAGAGCAGUGGGCAGCCCUGCGAUCAUCGGCUUGGAUAUAUGACUUUCUAUGUGUCAACCAUUGAACUGUUCGGGAUCCUGGAGUCAAUCCUCUCCGAUGUCUAUAAUGCCUGGCAGAGUCGAUCAGGAAAACAUCCCGAGUCAAAUCGAGGAACUAAGCACGGCAGUCUGGAUGUGAUCAUGGAGUUGGAUGAUAAACUGUCUGCAUAUGAGGCCAAUGUUCCGGAAGUGCUUAACUGGACCAAAGCGCAGUCUUCACAUAAAGCAAACAGCCACCAACUAUCUAUACUAGAGCGUCAGCGGAAUGUACUUCGCGCACGGUAUGAUAUAUCACAUCCCAUCUCCUUGCGCAAGCUGAUAACAGCCCAGAUUUAUAUACCUUCGACUCCUGCUCUACCGUUCCAUGUUUACACAGCUAUGUUCCGACGAGCGGAAUGGCACAGCGCGCCGUCCUGGUUUCGAGUCACGCAGCAUCCCCGGCAUUGA